AUGCAUGGCGGCGCGGCCCACAGCGACCCCCCCUCGGAUGGGUCCCCGGGUCCUUCCGGAAGGGACGACGGGACCGCCGAGGCUCCUUCCUGUGGUUUCAGCGCAAUAAGGUUUUCCCUCGGAAGCCAGAGCUUAGCCUCAGCGCCUUGCCCCUCAGGUCCCCCGAAGCGGUUCCCGGUGGCGGCGGUGGAUGCUAUCCUGAAGGAUGUGCUGGGAAGCUACCUGAGGGAGCAGCCUUACGAGCCGGCCCGCUGCAGGGACAUGGCGAAGGACAUCGCUGAGGUUAUUCAAGCUCGGGUGAAAGACCUUAUGGUACCGAGGUACAAGAUUGUGGUGGUGACACAUAUCGGGCAGCUGAAUGAGCAGAGCAUGCAGAUUGGGAGCCAGUGCCUGUGGGAUCCUGCGAGCGACACCUUUUCAUCAUACGUGUUCAGAAACACUUCACUGUUUGCUCUUGCAAACGUCUAUGCUGUCUAUUUUGAGUAA